CAGCAUGUUGAAGAAGUUACCGAAGUGUUCAAAGGGGAGGAGGAAGACCCCUUGCCUUUUGCGCAGCAGAUUGCACUCGCAGAGCACGUCUUCAAAAAAGAACACGCGGCUUACGAAGCGGCGCAGGCUAGAAAGGCAGAGAAGCACGCAAGAAGGGGAAGGCGGCCGCACUAGCCGCAUUCCAGGCAGCGAGCAAAGCUGCUCCCCCUCAAAUGAAAAAGGGCUCUAACAGAAAGUCCAUUGCCAAGCUCGGGCCAACGGGAAGGCCGAGGCCUGGUGCUGGGGUGCUCCGCGGACUCCCGGCAGUGCCACCAGGGCGGAGCAGCAAGGGGAAGGGCAGCGCUCCAGAGCGAAGCGGCAUCAAGAAGGCAUCUGCACGGGAGACACCCACCAAGAAGACAUCAGCAGGGUGCAGAAGCAGUUUCUGGUAUAUGGGUUGUAAAGAUUGAGCUCCAUUUGAUCACUUCAUGAGCGUCCUGGGCCUAUUUUGCAAGCGGAGGGUCCCUAAAACACGGUGCUUGCGGCGUUUUUGGUAGACCAACUGCCAACUGGUGGUCAAGGCAAUGGUUUCAUAGCUGCUCAUGUUACCUCAAAAACUU